UGGUAGCAUUACAACAUUCUCCCACAUCCUCAGAAAAAAUGCACUUCAAAUUCGUUUACGUACUUUUCUUGAGUUUUAUCUCCAUUCACGCUCAAGUUGAAAAUGCAGACGGGAAGCCAGAAGACAAUGCUCGGAUUUUCUUGAGUACUUUUACUGUGAUCCUCUCUACAGCAACUUCGACUAUAACAACUACGUCUGUUACCACUUGCACCACUUCUGCUGGCACAUUGACAACCUGUUCAGCUGGACGUCGUCGUCGUGGUCUUCUGUAUGACGAGGCAGAAAACCACGGCCAUGCACGCCGUGGACUUUUCUACGACGAUGACAAUGAUAAUCUGAAAGAUAGCAGUAUAUUACACUUUGACAACCCAAUUAAAAGAUCUGCUGAACCUUCAGAAACAUCAAUUCCUUCCUCCGAGACAUUAUCCGACAAAAACAAUCUUAUCCCCUUGACUGUUCAGUCUGGUUUCAGUCUCCCAGAAGGAUUCCCUGCCAGUGCCCCUCGCUUUAAAUUGGCAUUCGGAACAACUACAUUGACAACGACGACAACUUCUCUCUCAACACGUAAGUUGACCGCAACAUGUGCCAGCACGACUAACUACUCUACUUGCUCUUAGGGCGAAGAAUUGAAAUGAUCAUCAAAUUCCUUAUUUUAUUUUCCAAGAAAUCAUCGUUUUUUGGAUGGUAAUUGCAAUAAAAAAUUCCACUGGUUAAGAUAUAAUUCGCCACUUAUAAUUUUUAUGCAUUCAAUAAAUUCUUUUUCCAAAGUUA